GGCAGCUCGGCCUGGCGGCGCGGCGGCGCCCCACGGGCGUGCCCCUGGGGGCCGCUCCUCGCGGCGGCCCCGCCGGGCGCCAGCCGCGGCGCCAAGGUGCUGCGGUGGGAGGCGGACACGCCGCUGGCGCGCGAGAUGGCGGCGCUGGAGGAGGCCGGGGACUUCCUCGACUUCUGCCUGGAGAGGGCCGAGGAGUUCACGAAGCGGGACUGGCUGGCGUCCCUGACGCUGCUGACCAUGCGCCGCCGCUUCAGCACGAGCAUGCCGCUGUUUCAGCGAUAUAACCAGCGCCUCCUGCAGGAGGCCGACGGCAUGUUCGCCGAGAGCGUCCAUCUCCUGCUCCACCGGUACGGCGUCCUCGGCUACGCCCCAGCAGUGUGGCAGCUGCUUCCCCUGAUGGCGGCGCGCCUGCCGCUGAUGGCCCCGAAGCACGUCGCGCUGUCUGCCUGGGCGCUGGGGCGGGCGCUGGUCAACGAUCAGGAGAGCUGGGCCGCCCUCGGCCAGGCCAUGCAGGCAAGGGCCGCCGAGUUCGCGCUGGCAGACCUGGCCAUGUUCGCCUGGGCCCUCUCGGCAGUGGACCGCGCCAGUCCCCCCGAGGUGGUGUCGCUGAAGCUGGCGGCCCGGAAGAAGCUGGUCGGCCAGGGCCCCGCCAGCGCCUCCAGCCACGACCUCUGCAUGCUCUUCAAGGCCGUGGCAAGGCUGACGCCAGAGGACCGCCACUUCCUGGAGUGGCUGCUGCUGCUGAUGACCGAGGGCAUGGCGGUCAAGGCGAUGCCCUUUGCCGCCCAGGGCCUCACCGGCAUCUGGGCCACGCUGGGGCAGCUCCGGUGGCUGCCGCCGAAGGAGGUGGUGGAGGUGCUCUGCGAGGAGUCGCGGCUGCUCCGCCUGGACCACACCUUCAACCAGGACAUGGCCGCGGAGCUGGCCGGCGCCCUGCUCCGGCUGCGGGUGGACGACCCGCGCCCGGCCUACCAGGUGGUGGACUUUGUCGCGCGCAAGGGCCUGUCGCUGCGGGCGGACACGCUGCUGGUCCUCACGGAGUUCUUCGCGGCGCGCUCCGUGACGCACGAGGUCGCCUGGAAGCGGCUCGGCGUGCGCGCGCAGCAGCGCGGCGUGGACCUGCGCCUGGCGGACCUGGACCGCCUGAUCUCCGCCUUCCGGGCGUCGGAGAAGGGCAACCAACGCAUAUUCGGCAUGCUCGACCUCUUCGUGAAGAUUCGCGAGGACCACGCGCGCUACGGAGCCGCGUGAGUGCGCCGCAACGGCGCCUCCGCAGCUGGAGCUGCGUUGCUCACAGAGCGGGCCGCUGGCCACUCUCUCGCUUCCGGCGAAGUCGUAGAGCCUUCGCUGGGCCAGUUCAAAAGCCCCGUCUCCAGCAA